UCUUCCGAGUGUGGUCACCCCCUCCACCUCCGCUUCCCCGCUUCUCACACGUUUUCUCCCAUCCUUUGGACUUGUCUUUCAGAUCGGUUAUAUUUUGCUACUUUAAGGAACAGACCAAAAAGCACAGUUCAUAUCCACUAUUUCUCCAUCGACGAGGAGCUGGUCUAUGAAAAUUUCUAUGCAGAUUUUGGACCUCUGAACUUGGCGAUGGUGUACAGAUACUGCUGUAAACUAAACAAGAAGCUAAAAUCAUACAGUUUAUCAAGAAAGAAGAUAGUGCAUUACACCUGCUUUGACCAACGCAAGCGAGCGAACGCAGCGUUUUUGAUAGGCGCCUAUGCCGUCAUCUAUUUGAAGAAGACGCCGGAAGAAGCCUACCGCGCCCUCCUCUCUGGCUCCAGCGCCCCCUACCUUCCGUUCAGGGAUGCUUCCUUUGGAAACUGCACUUACAAUCUCACCAUCCUCGACUGUUUGCAGGGAAUCAGAAAGGGGUUACAGCAUGGAUUUUUCGACUUCGAGACGUUCGACGUGGAUGAAUACGAACACUAUGAGCGAGUUGAAAAUGGUGAUUUCAACUGGAUCGUUCCGGGAAAAUUCUUAGCAUUUAGUGGACCACAUCCAAAAAGCAAAAUUGAAAACGGUUACCCUCUCCAUGCCCCCGAAGCCUAUUUCCCUUACUUCAAGAAGCACAACGUGACGGCCAUCGUGAGGCUGAACAAGAAGAUCUACGAGGCCAAGCGCUUCACGGACGCGGGCUUCGAGCACUACGACCUGUUCUUCAUCGACGGCAGCACACCCAGCGACAACAUCGUGCGCAGGUUCCUGAACAUCUGCGAGAACACGGAGGGGGCGAUCGCCGUGCACUGCAAAGCUGGUCUGGGCAGGACUGGGACGCUGAUCGCCUGCUACGUCAUGAAGCACUACAGGUUCACGCACGCGGAGAUCAUCUCCUGGAUCAGAAUAUGCCGGCCCGGCUCCAUCAUAGGGCCCCAGCAGCACUUCCUGGAAGAAAAACAAGCAUCGUUAUGGGUCCAAGGGGACAUUUUCCGAUCCAAACUGAAAAGCAGGCCAUCCAGUGACGGGAGUAUUAAUACAAUUCUUUCCAGCUUGGAUGACAUGUCUAUCGGCGGAAGCUUAUGUAAAAUACAAAACGUGGAGCGAUUUGGAGAGAACAAUUUAGAAGACGAUGAAGAAUUGGAGAUAAAAAGCAGCGUAACCCAGGGAGACAAACUCCGUGCCUUAAAGAGCCAGCGACAGCCGCGCUCCUCUCCGCCCUGUGCAUUUAGGUUGGACAAUAUUACAGGGCACCCGAGGCCAGUGUCCCAGCCUUUCAGACUGGCUACCUCCCCACAAGGGUCGUCGUCAUCUCUGAAGAUCUCCAAAGUGGCUCUGUCCCCCUCGGCGACGGCCAAGAGGAUCAACAGGGGCCCCUUGCCCUCGGGCGCCAGUAUAAGAAGCUUCUCCAUAAACUCCCGGUUAGCCAGCUCUCUGGGGAACCUGAACGCUGCCACCGACGACCCAGACAACAGAAAGACCUCCCCCUCCAAGGCGGGGUUCGGGGCCACCCCCUUCAUCAACCUCCUGAACGGCAGCUCCCAGGCGUCUUCCAGGAAUUACCCCGAGCUCAACAACAACCAGCACAGCCGGAACCCCAGCAGCAGUGGGAGCACCCCGAGCAGCCAGCCGGGCCCCCAGGGCGCCAAGACUGAGGAGCUGGCCACCACCCCCCGGCCCCCCUACGCCGGCCUGACCUCCUCCUCGGCCAGGUUCCUCAGCCGCUCCAUCCCCUCCCUGCAAUCUGAGUACGUCCAUUACUAAGGCCUUGCCACUCGGUGAAAGCUGCUCUUAGGCGCAAAUCUUCACCUGGCCGCGCAACGCAGAGGGACGCAGCCGCCGCCGCAAGAUACCUCCAGC